AAUAAUAAACAUAACCUCACUUUUCUUUUGGUUUCCAUUUAUACGGCAAAAUAAAAUUUUGUAAUUAUUAUAAUUUGAAAAUUAAACGAUAAAUUAUUGUGUAACUUCAGCAAGAAUUACUAUAAAUCUCAUCAAAUUACACCGUCGAAGAAAAAGAGGAAAUUCCUAGUCCACUUGGAACAGAUUAUGACUAAAAAUUUAUAUUCAGACGAAGAGAACAAUCCGUUUCAGAAUUUGAAUUCACAAGAAUGUUCCGAUAGCGAUAAAUACACACUGGAUAAUAUUGACCUUCUUAAUUUACCUAUUAACUUCUGCACAAAGACUAGUCACGAAGAAAAACCACGUGGAAAGAGAAAUCCUAAAAAAGGUGAAGGAGGAGGAGGUGAUUUUCCUUGGAAAGAAAUAAAUGAUUAUUAUUCACCAACUAAAAGUACGACCACUUCAACCGAUCCUCUUACUGAAAGAGGUCUUGUUUAUGUGUAUUCAGAUAAAGAACAAAAAGAAAGAAGUUCUAAAAUAGCCCAUUUCGAUAAAUUCUUGGAAAGAAAUUGUGAUAAACCACCAUCGGAAAAAAAUUCAAAGAAGGAACCUUUUAGAAAUCAUACUGUUGAAAAUCAUCCAGCGUUUCCCUUCAGAAAAACACCAAGUGGAAAUUUUAAAAUUAGCUCAAAACAGGUUGCUUUUCAAACAAAUAAUUUAAGUGUAUUAAUUGCCGAUCCAAAAAAUACAACUGUUAACAUUGAAUCGGUCGAUGAAAUGCCUAGAGAAAAAGAUUAUACGCGACAAGCAGCUAUGGAUUCUAUUAUGAAUCAGGGUUUUGGUUACCCCUGGGGUUCUUUAUUAGUCGGCAAAUUGGCGGAUGCUCCGAUACGCAAAGAAAAGGAAUCUUCGGAAUACGAAGGAAAGGCUACACACGAAAUAUUAGAUCCGGAGUUGAAUUUAAAUAGACUUGGAUACACAACUGGUGAUGCUAUCGAUUGGGGCGAAAUCAAAUUACCCGAAAAAAAGAAUUUAUAUCUUGAGUUAUACGCUCGAAUUACAAAUUUUACUAACGCCGACUGCAAAAUCUAUAUUGAUAAUGAGGAGUUUAAUUGCCAUCUACUCGUUUUACAAUGUUAUUCCGAGGUUUUUCAUACUUAUGUAGCCGUUAAAAAGGUUGAAUUACCAUCGGAUAAAUGUAGCGCCCAAUCUUUCGCUUUUAUUUAUGAAUGGAUGAUAACAGGAGACCCAUCUUAUAGAGAAUUAAAUCGCGAAAAUGUUUUAGAUGUAUUCAAUGCGGCGAAAUAUUUAAAAAUAAGAGAUUUAAUAGAACAAUGUUGGGCUUUUAUCGACAAUCAAGAAGUUUUCUGCGAAGAUACCGCUUUUCUUUUAUAUAUAGAUGCAAAAGAAAAAAAUUUACCUGAAGUUCGGGAAUUAAUGUUACCGAGGAUUCAACGUUUCUUCUUGAUGUUGGUCAGCUCACAAGAUUGGUUAGAUUUGGAUCUAGAUGACGUUCAAAAUUUUCUGCAAUCAAAUUAUAUUUGCGUUAAUUGUGAAAUGGAGGUGUUUAUGUCAGCGGUUCGAUGGCUAAAACAGGAUUGGCCGGAAAGAGAUUGCGUAAAAGUUCAAUUGUUGAAUUGUGUAAGAUUUGGAAAUAUAGCUCCUUGGCAAUUAGUUGAUAUUAAAAGAAACCCGGAUAAUCCCGACUUUAAAGAGCUUUCUAAAGAUUCUGAUAUUUGUAAAAUGAUUGAUGAUGGAUUAGCGUUCGUUAUAAUAAAAUAUUGGUAUGGCCAAGAGAACGAUGAUUAUCAACAUUGGAAUUCUAUUUUAGCAUUGAAAGAACCGGCAGCUAGGAAUUGGAGUGGAAUGGAUAAAACUUAUUUUACGUACCGUGAAUUCUUAAUUUAUUUGGACCAAUAUAGAAGGGCACAAAUGAUUGAAAAAACAAAACCGACCCGGCAGGCGAGACGAUUCGGAAAUCACCGCAGGUAUGUCCCGGAGGCGAUAAACGCGUCGCCGAGACAAUCAAUGGAGAGGUUACUACAAAUUCAACAACAACAGCAACUCCAGCAGCAGCAGCAGUCGUCGUCGCCGACGGCUCCACGUCUACCGACCAUGGACGAGUUCUUGGCCACCAGAAGAGCGAAGGGAAAAGAAAAGUCAAAAUCACCACUUUUCACAUUGACAAACAUCGGAGAUGGUAUUCCCAAACCAAAACGUGUUUUAACCCGUAAUCACGCCGCUAGAAUUAUUCAAAUCGCAUUUAGAGCUUAUUUAGCGCGAAAACAAAUCAAGCGAAGACUACAACAAAAAGGGGCGGGUACGCAAAAAUCGCGAAAAAUGACAUUUGCCGAACGUAUGCUAAAGGAAAAACAAGAAAAUUCGCAUUUUCAAGCUAAAGAAAAAAAUUUAAAUAAUAAUGGGUUGUGUGGAAUAUCUGGCGAAUCAACAGAUUUAUAUUUUACAACGACAAAACAAAAAAAUUUAUUUUCAAACGUAUUUAGACAAAAAGUUUCUUCUAUAGAUCGGACUAAACUUAGUACUUUCGGAUCGAUAGCUUCAUCAACCAUACCUUUAUUACCAAGACAAGAAAGGUACUUAGAUAGCACUUCGUUAUUCUUAGCGGAACGUGAAUCCGUUAUGGUAUUUGGUGGAAUUGACCCUCACAGCGGAUAUGGUUCUGGCAGAAACACCGGAAAAGAUAUUUUUAGAUAUUUACCCGAUGUAAACGUUUGGGAAUAUGUUGGGGAAAUGCCAGCACCAAGAAAUCAUCAUAAUGUUGUUUUUAUGGUUGGUAGAGUUUACAUAGUAGGUGGAUCAGAUCCACGAGAAGACGAACUCAAAGGAAAGUCGGUUGUUGUUGAUACAGUUUGGAGUUUUGAUCCUGUUCAAAGAAGUUGGUUUAGUGAGGGUAGUUUACGAGUGCGUAGAAAAAACUUUGGAUUAGUCGCUAUUAAACAAAAUAUGUACGCUAUUGGAGGACAAGAUAAACAUGCAAGGACUUUAUCAUCAGUUGAAAAAUAUAACCCGACGAGUGGUACUUGGGAAUUCCAAGCGCCCAUGUUAACUGCAAGAAUGGGACUUUGUUGUGCAAAACAUAAAGAAAAAAUUUGGGCCGUUGGUGGAAUGUCCGGAUCGAAAAAAAAACCUUUAAGCGAAUGCGUUGAAGUUUAUGACCCAGAUAAAAAUCAAUGGACUGAAAUAUCAAGAAUACGAUUUCCUCGUUGUUUUGCUACACUCUUUUCAAUGUCUGAUAAGCUCUACUUGAUUGGAGGGGCUGGAAAAACGAACGAUAGAGAUAAAACAACGAGUAGUGUAAAAGAAAUUGAUUUAUGGAAUGAGGAAUUAAGAGAAUGGGAGUGCAAAACAGAAAUGUCAAUACCGAGGCAUGGCCAUUGUGUGGCUUAUUUGGGUACACAGAUUCUAAUUAUUGGUGGUGUUACUACGGUUUAUAUGAGAGCUUUAAGUAAUACUGAAUGUUAUUGUACCAGUAGAGGAACUUGGGUUCGAGGUAUAGCUUGCUUACCAACGACUUUAUCAGGACAUGCAGCUGUAACAUUACCCCCGGCUGUUUUAAUGUAGUAAUUUAGAAGUAGUAAACUAAAUUGGAGUUGUUUUUCUGGUAUAUAAAACCUUGUACGUUCGGAUGUUAGAUGUCGCUACUAAAAGUUGGUUUUACACCGCCCAAACGAAAGGACAAAUGGAAUUAUUUUCGUUCAUUUGCGAGUUCAGCAUUGAUUUUUUUUGGAUUACCCCUCGUGUAUUUAAUUUUUAAAUAAAAACAAUCAAUCAAG